AUACUCCUGAUUUACAAGUCUCCAUAUGUUCUCCACACCUCAAUUGCACGGCGUAAUUUGAUGGCAAUUUUGGCGACAACAAGGAAAAAAGAAAAAGAAAAAAAAAACCUUAAAUAGUUCCUUUUUUUGUAUUGAUAGAAGGCUAUUUGGUGCCAUAUGUCUUUGGUGAUUUUGGAAACCAAAAACUCGUAGUUGCCCAUUCUUCCAAAUGCUUCGCCUACCAAUCUCGCCUUGCUCGUGGACAAAGUCUGUUGUUUCAACCUGCGUCCAGAUGCGUUAAAAGAACCAGUUUCACACGGGAUACAUUUUAUUUCUUUUUUUAAAUUACCAUUAUUCUUGAAAUUCGUCUUUAUCUCCUGAAAGCGCAUCCACUGUUUUUCUUUCACAAUGGCUGAUGCCAACGCUGAAUGCAAUAUCAAGGUGUUGUGUCGAUUUCGUCCGCUAAACAAAUCCGAAAUUGUCCGCGGAGAUAAGUUCAUCCCAAUAUUUCAAGGAGGAGACGCUGUCAUCCUUGGGGGGAAGUCGUACGUGUUUGACCAGGUCUUCCCCACCAACACCACGCAGGAGCAAGUCUACAGCGCCUGUGCCAAACAGAUUGUCAAAGAUGUACUGGGUGGAUACAAUGGGACUAUCUUCGCCUACGGGCAGACCGCCUCGGGGAAAACCCACACCAUGGAGGGCAACCUUCAUGAUCCCCAGGGAAUGGGAAUCAUACCUCGGAUCGCUGAGGACAUAUUUGAACAUAUAUUUGCCAUGGAUGAAAACCUUGAAUUCCAUAUAAAGGUCUCUUACUUUGAGAUCUACAUGGAUAAAAUCCGGGACCUGCUGGAUGUAACAAAAACCAAUCUGUCAGUGCAUGAAGACAAGCACAGAGUUCCUUACGUGAAGGGCUGCACUGAACGAUUUGUCACGAGCCCCGAGGAAGUGAUGGAUGUGAUAGAUGAGGGGAAGGCCAACCGGCACGUCGCCGUCACCAACAUGAAUGAGCAUAGUUCCCGUAGUCACAGCAUCUUUCUGAUAAACAUCAAACAAGAGAACGUGGAGACGGAGCAGAAGCUGAGCGGGAAGCUGUACCUGGUCGACCUCGCCGGCAGUGAAAAGGUCAGUAAGACGGGUGCAGAGGGAUCGGUGCUGGAUGAGGCCAAGAACAUCAACAGGUCCCUGUCGGCCCUCGGGAACGUCAUCUCAGCGUUGGCUGAAGGAACGAAAUCCCAUGUGCCAUAUCGUGACAGCAAAAUGACUCGCAUCCUGCAGGACUCGCUGGGCGGGAACUGCCGCACUACCAUGUUUAUCUGUUGCUCUCCCUCUAGCUACAACGACGCAGAGACCAAAUCCACCCUGAUGUUUGGCCAACGGGCAAAGACCAUUAGGAAUACCGUGACAGUUAAUCUGGAGCUCACAGCGGAGCAGUGGAAGAAGAAGUACGAAAAGGAAAAGGAGAAGAACAGGUUAAUGAAGGAGACGAUUCAAAAACUCGACGAUGAGCUGAACCGCUGGAAGAACGGUGAGAAUGUUAUUGUGCUGGGUCAGCAGAGUGAAGCAUCUGAGGAUGCCCCGUUCGUGCUUCCAGAUUCUGACGAGGCGGCUCUUGAUAUAUGCAGCCCUUGCACCCCUUGUAGCUCCUGCUCCAUCGCAUCCUCCAUCGUGGUUCACAUCUCUGAGGAGGAGCGGCAAAAGUAUGAGGGCGAGAUCCGCAAGCUCUACAAGCAGCUGGAUGAUAAGGAUGAUGAGAUCAACCACCAGAGCCAGAUGGUGGAGAAGCUGAAGGAGCAGAUGCUUGACCAGGAGGAGCUUCUAGCAUCAUCCAGAGGUGACAGCGAGAAGGUGCAGUCGGAGUUCAGCAGACUUCAGAAAGAGAAUGAAUCUGCUAAGACGGAGGUGAAGGAGGUCCUGCAGGCCCUGGAGGAGCUGGCAGUGAACUACGACCAGAAGAGCCUGGAGGUGGAGGAGAAGAGCAUGCAGAACAAACUUCUUGCUGAAGAACUUUCAAAAAAGAUGGCUCAUCUAAUGUCUCUAGAGGCCGAGCUGUCCCACAUCCGGGAAGUGAGCAGCCACCAAAGGAAACGCAUCGCUGAGGUUCUGAACGGGCUCAUGAGGGACCUGCGGGAGUUUGGCACCAUCGUUGGAAACGGGGAAAUCAAGCUGCCCAUGGAAAUCACCGGCGUGAUUGAGGAAGAGUUCACAGUGGCUCGCCUCUACAUCAACAAGAUAAAAUCGGAGGUGAAGUCCAUGGUGAAGCGCUGUCGGCACCUGGAGAAGCUCCAAAUGGAGUGUCACCGCAAGAUGGAGGAGACGAGCAGAGAGCUGUCGUCAUGUCACCUCCUCAUCUCACAGCACGAGGCAAAGAUCCGGUAUCUUACGGAGUACAUGCAGACCGUGGAGCUGAAGAAGAGAAAGCUGGAGGACGGAUACGACUCUCUGACCGAGGAGCUGGCCAAACUCCAAGCUCGGGAAAGCAUAUCACAAGUGACCAGCGGAGAGAAUCACUUAUCAAUCCAGAAUUCCUGUGAUAUGAAGAGGGCUGUGGAGCAGCAGAUGGAGUCACACCGUGAGACACACAGCAAGCAGCUCAGCCGCCUUCGAGACGAGAUCAAUCAGCAGCAGAAGAUCAUUGAUGACCUCACUGACUGUAACCAGAAGCAGCAGUUGGAGCUGGAUCACCUGCACUGUGACUUCGAGUGUCUCAGAAGUCAGGACCAUCGCAAGAGCCGGCAGCUGGAGGAACUCACAUUUCUCAAUGAACGGCAUGAGCAGUCAAAGCAGGAUCUCAAAGGGCUGGAGGAGACUGUUGCUCGUGAGCUCAACACCCUCCACAACCUCCGCAAGCUUUUUGUUCAAGACCUCACGGCUCGAGUUCGAAAAAGCGCAGCGAUGGAGCCUGAUGAUUCUGGGGGAUUUAUCACCCAGAAACAAAAGAUUUCCUUUCUUGAAAACAACCUGGAGCAGCUUACGAAGGUUCACAAACAGCUUGUACGUGACAAUGCGGAUCUUCGCUGUGAGCUGCCGAAACUGGAGAAACGCCUCCGCUCUACAGCUGAGCGAGUUAAGGCUCUGGAGGGUGCACUGAAGGAGGCGAAGGAGGGGGCCAUGAAGGACCGACAUCGCUACCAGCAGGAGGUGGAGCGCAUCAAGGAUGUGAUGAGGGUCCGCCAUCCCUGCCGUCGACCCCACGCUGCUCAGAUUGCCAAGGCCGUACGUCCUGGCCAGUUCCCAGUCUGCUCUCUCACCAAUCCCUUCUUCAUCCGAGGCUACAGCGAACAUCCCAUCGCCUUCUGCAACGCUGUUUUCCACAACAAAAACAAUCCACCAGCCGCCGCCCCUGCUGCGCGGCCAGCACCAGAUACCGAGGCCAGGUUGCCUGAGGCCAGCCCCGACCAAAACACCCCCGAAGAACACUUUGACUCCAAAAGUGACGACACACAUGACAGCGAUGCUCAGAAUAAUGUGGUUCCAGUGGAAGCAGCGACCAAGGCCGAGCCGACUUCAGAGAUGCUCGACUCAGAGAAUGGAAACACCACAGAUAUCAAUGACAACAGCUUGUGUCUGAAUGUGAAUUCUGUGUCCAGAACUCUUGUCUGUGACAAUCAGGAUCCAGCCAAACUCUACAACCUGAAACCAGAAGCUUCAGCCAGCUAAUAGAUCUGAGCAGGCAGAUGAAUUUGUCUGAGUCCUCCUCUGUAAAUCUGCAUGCAGCUGACGACUGUCCUCUCCAGGUUCCUCCUCUUCUCCCGUCCUCACCUGAUGUAAACAGUAUCCCUGUGCUCUUUUGUUCCCCAAGUCCGCGCUUGUUCUCCUCUAAUCCCUUUCUCCUGUCUGUUCACUGGUGUGCGGGGUGCAUGCAGAUAACAGUUUGGCAAGCUAAAAGCCUGAGCUGGCAGCACACACACCUCCUGCUGCACCCCUGCUACCCAUGACUUGAAACAUAAAAGGACCACAAAUACUGUAAGGGAACUGGGGAGAAGAAGCUGCAGCACACUAGAUUACCACUGGGAUGUGCUGUUUGACUCUGGGGAGCCUGGACUAGCACAGUAGCGGUGUUAUCAUUACUCCUAGUAAACAGAAGGAAUAUUAAAAAAAUAAAAAAAACUUUUUAAAUGUGCUCAAUGACAUAAAAAACACUUUGAACUCUGCACUCAUUUUGACAAUAUUUACAGUCCUUACUGCAUGUUUGUUUUUAAUGUUGGGCUCCAGCAUUUUUUGAAACUAUAUGAUAGAGGAGGCAAAAUUAUUUUGAAAUAUUUAAUUUCCCAUGACAGUACUGAGGAUGCUCCCUUAAAUGGAAAAGUAAAAAUAAAUACAUUGAUUUGAAGAGUACGACGGAGUAUUAGGGCCAA